UUCCUUUGACAUCAGUGAACAUUAGUCACUUGAAGAUUCCCCCACUACAUGGAACCUCAGUUUUUAAUGAAUCAGCCUGGAAGUCAUCUGUGCAGCACUCCAGCAGAACAAGUAUGAACAUGGAAGUAAAGACUGCAUGAGGGGACGCGUUAUGAAGGGCUGAAAAAAAGAAGAAGAAAGAUUAACACACAGGAAGAAGGAAGUGUGAUCUGCGAUAUCUCCAGUUUGUGUGUGUGUGUUUGAGUGUGUAUUUAUAUGUAUGUGUGUGUGUGUGUGUGUGUGUGUGUGUGUGCUCCGGUGAAGUGCAUGUGUGAACUGAAACACUGACCUGUGCUAUGAGUUGAGGACCAUGUCUCUGAAACUACCUCGCAACUGGGACUUCAGCACCUUCAAGGCUGAGACAGCUCGGAUAGCACGAUCCAGGAGUGUGAUACCUGGAGACGGAGGCCCUGGCCCGGGCUCGCCACGCUCCUCCAGGUCCAUGGAGAGGCCGCUGAAGGCCGGCUGGCUGAAGAAACAACAGAGGUCUUUAGUGAAGAACUGGCAGCAGCGCUACUUUGUGCUGAGGGGAAGCACACUGUCGUACCACAAAGAUGAUAAGGAGACCACAGUCCAGGGAGUCAUCCCACUGCGCUUCAGUAAAGUUAAUGAACUUCAUCCAAGCUCAGAUGACCCGGGGAAGUACCUCUUUGAGAUCAUACCACGUGCCACAGGAGACAGAGAGCGGUGUCCAUAUGUGUUCAUGGCAAACUCUCAGAGUGACAUGGAGGAGUGGGUCCGCACUCUGCGCCGAGUCAUUGGAGUACCAACAAGUGGAGUGUUUGGGAAGAGUCUCAUGGACACUGUGACGUAUGAGCAGCGCUUUGGACCUCAUAUGGUGCCAAUCCUGGUGCAGAAGUGUGUGGAGUUCAUCAAAGAGCAUGGGCUGAAUGAGGAGGGCAUCUUCCGCCUCCCUGGUCAGGAUAACGCUGUCAAACAGUUCAGAGAUGCCUUUGAUGCAGGAGAGAGGCCUUCCUUCCCCAGUGACACAGAUGUCCACACGGUGGCAUCACUACUCAAACUGUACCUGCGGGAGCUGCCUGAACCUGUGGUGCCCUGGACUCAGUACCAAGACUUUCUAGACUGCACCAGCCUGCGGGACACCAGCAGCACGGAAGGUUGGGAAAAGUUGGAGAAACAAAUCGCUCUUCUGCCCAGAGUCAACUAUAACCUUCUGAGUUAUGUCUGUCGGUUUUUGUUUGAGGUGCAGCUGCAAUCCAAGGUGAAUAAGAUGAAUGUGGAGAACUUGGCAACUGUGAUGGGGAUCAACCUGCUCAAACCUCAGAUAGAAGAUCCCAUCACUGUGAUGAAGGCAACUCCUCAGAUCCAAAAACUGAUGACAGUGAUGAUCAGACAGCAUGAGACUCUGUUCCCUCUCUCCAAAGAUGUGCUACCAUCACCUCCUUCAAAGAAGUCUGAAAGUCAGAAGAACACUCCCCGGAGCUUUGUUGGCUGGGAAUCUGCAGAGAUGGGUGAUGCAUCUCUGUCUGAGUCUCCAGAAGAAGAGGAGGACAAUGAGAGUCCAGGUCCAGAUAGAGGGAACUGCAGUGCCCAGACCCUCCUGCAGGAGCCUCCCAGUCCAUCUGCAGAUGACUGGCUUGGAAGUCCCCGCAAACGCACUCAGACCCUACCCACCUUCAACUGCCCCCUCACUGGGAUGGCAGCCAAGGCCGAAGCCCUCAACAGGUGGAGUCGCAUCCAGGAGAGUGUGGAGGAGAAGAGCGGGACAUUGUCAGAGGACAUUUUCAAAAUUCUGGACCUGCGGAGUUCGGGGUCAUUUUUUGGAGCGUCUCAGACAAGCAACAAGGAGGGAGAGGACAGAUCCACCGCCCGGAGGGGGAGUGACACCACAGGUUCUGCCCAGAAACCUGACAGUGAUUCCCAGUCGCCCCAGGUUGUGCCUCCUCAGAAGAGUGUGAACACCCUGACAGUGGAUUCAGGUCCGCAGGUCAACAGCAGGUCAGAACAGAACAAAGACCAGCAGCAGACUGCAGACAGUUUGCAGCAGGAGAACAAAGAGCUGAAGGCCACUGUGGCAGAGCUCCAGUCUGCUCUGGAGGCAGAGCGCCGCCGUGUGGCUGCUCUGGAGAUCUGCCUAAAAAAUGCAGAGCGCAGCCGAGAUGAGGCCCAAAGACGCAACGAUGAGCUGCAAAGAGACAUUCAGCAGUUCCUCACUAGAGACACUCAAGCUCUUACCUAAAAUAUUUCAGUCUGGUGUAUGGAUUUUUGACUCUGUUAAACUCAACAGGGCUCAUUUCACAUGAGCUGCUUCUGGAAAAUACCAUUGUCUUCCUCUGAUGCUGGACUGACUCCAUUCAAGCUCUGUUUGGUCCUGAAGUUAAUUUAUUGACUCAUUUGUUUGUGUCUGUGGGAAAGGUCUGUUAGAAGAGAUAUAAAUAUCACUAUUUACAUUAGAGACUUUAAACACAAAUCUGAUCCUUCCCACUGCAGCAGUUUGCCUUGAUCUGGUGUAACUGUUGUACAGAACUUACAGCGAAGGAAGGACACUUAGAAUGAAUGAGUUAUUUACAUGGAAAUGCAACAUGAGAUCAGACCCUUGAUUAGAGUACAACCGGACUAUAUAUUAUUAAAAGUAGACAAUAUGAA